AUGUCUUAUCCGGAAAAUACCAAACUGGAAGAUAUCUUCGCCCACAGCAAACUACCUCCUACGACCAGAAGACGCAGCAACUUCUUAUUUGUACAUCAAGAAGAAUGGCAACGAAAAUUAUUGCUAAAGUAUGGGAGUGAUCUCGCUCUACUGGAUGCGACGUAUAAAACAACAAAAUACGCCAUGCCGUUAUUCUUUUUAUGUGUCCACACAAAUGUUGGAUACAAAGUCGUAGCGGAGUUCAUGUGUCAGCACGAAGAUGAAGUUUCGAUAUCAGAAGCCUUGGGGUGUCAUGCAUUCCGAAAGUCUCAAGUGCUGAAUAUCGUCAACACCAAUAAUGGGGUAGAGUCGUUGAAUCGGCUAUUUAAAUAUGACUAUUUACCCAGAUCUAUUGACAAGUCGUUGUAUGGCAUCGUCGUGUUAAUUGUCACAUCGUUUCUUCCCGAGACAUACCAAGCGUACCGAAGUGCGAACUUGCGAUUGAGUGGAUCAUACAGGAAAUACAACACAAUGGUUCCCGAGUAUCUGGAAAACCGUCCAACAAAUUUUGUAAAGCACUGCCUGAAGACGAAGAUGGCUGCACAAGAAUUUUGCGAAGAUGAUAUCACUUGUGUGAAUCACGAGAAGGGUGAAUUCGUGGUAAAAAGCGCUACCAGCAAGACGGUAAAAUAUCUUGUCGAACUCGCAAUACCAAGAUGUGCAUGUGAGAGCUGGAGGCGAACCAACUAUCCGUGCAAGCACUUCUUUGCAAUUUUCAACUUCUUUUCCAGCUGGCAAUUUGAUAAUUUACCGCCAGACUACCGCAACAGCGUGUUUAUCACACUCGAUAAUGAUAACGUGCUGAUCAACCCAGAAAUCUCUACGGAUCGUCACCCCCCACAACCUCGUUUAAGCAGCAACUGGCUGACAGACACCAACAUUGAAACAGCAGCGCCAAUCAGGCUCGAAACAGAAAAACACAUCAACGCCACAUCCACGUCAUUAUCUGAGUCGCUACGAUGUGAUAAACUAAAGCAGACAUUUCGAGAAAAACUAUCGGCACUUCAAAAUAUCUCCUACUUACUCGAUAAUGAGAACCUGAACCUAUUGGAAAAUGCAAUUGCCAUCGUCGACGAUCUUCGAGUAAAACUUCAGAGCGCAUCUCCAAAAGAGAAUGGUCUUCUUUUGCGGGGAAGCCCUGAAAAGAAGAAGUUAAAAAUCACAAGCACUGAUUACCACAAAGUUUUCCACAAAAAACUAUCUCUCAGACGAAAAAGAAAGAAAACAGUAGAUACUUCAUCAGAAUUCUGUUUAAAAAAUAAGGCUUUGAAGAAGGAUCAUGUUGCAGAGGAAAAACCCUUCGUUGAUCUUACUGUGGAUGUGCUUGAUGAUAAUGAUUGUUCUGAUAAUAAUUCAGAACUGAACACAUCAAAGACAGACAAGUGUGCUUCUCAGAUGGUUACCAAUGAUCAUCAAAGUGUAAAUCAAAAUGAUGAAUCACAAACCUAUGACACUAAUGAACAUGGUCCCUAUGCUCCAUAUGAGCGUAUCAUCUAUGCAUGCAAAAGCAACCAAUUUGAAAAGGACAGUCGGAUGUUGGAAUAUGGGCCUUCGACACUAAAUCUUUCUGACUUGUGUACUCUAAUUCCACCAAAUAAAUAUAACAGCAGCUUCAAAACCCUAGCAAAAGUGGACAAUAAAGAUUUUGUUUGUGGCUGGCUUGUAGACAAGGUCAUUGAAGCAUUUUUGUGGAAGCUACGUUGUUCACACCCAGAAACCUUUUAUGCAGAUGCAACUCUAUGUCAAUUGGUACAACGACAGGCAAGCACUAGGAGACUAUGGAUAGGUGAACACUUUGGGUCUGUGAAGAAAAUUUUCAUUCCAAUGAACCUUGGUGGAAUGCACUGGACAUACGAGAUAAUGUGCUGCUGCAUGUCUGCAUUUGUGGUGGCUAUUGACAAGGAGAAAUCUGUUAGAUUGUAUAUUGAUCCUAUGAGUGGCCCUAGAACAAUAACAGGAUCGCUUAAGUUGCUGAUUGACAACAUAUGCACUAUUGUGGAUAUAAAAACUGGCUGGAAAACUAAAGAAUGGAUAUGUAUUGAACCAAAGCAUUUUCUUCAGACAGACAGUUAUAACUGUGGUGUUCUUAUUUGUCUUUUUGCACAUUGUAUAACCAAAGGAGAAGCACUUGAUCAGCCAUUCAAUGUCGAGAUAGAAAGGCAGAAGCUUGCCUCAUCCCUUUUCGGCAGUUGUUAUGAAGACAUUAAUCAAAGGGAUGAUUCAUGCUGCAAAAUUUGCAAGGAUGAUGGGGGAGAAGAUUGGCUUGGUUGUGAUGCUUGCCGCCAAUUCUUCCAUGCUAGCUGUCUCAACCUAAACUAUGGUGAAGCACUACAGGAUAUGUUUUACUGUCCUUAAGGAAAAUUGAAAAUUCCUGCCAGGUUUUUAGGAAUUUGGAGAAUGACUUAAAAUAAAAUAGUUUGGUAAAAAAGAGAUAUAUUAAUGUUUACUGUAUAUACUAAGGGAAUACUUUGUAUAUAUUAAUUCUACUGCAAGAAGGAUAUUAAACGACAAAGAUAUUUUAAUAGCACUUUGACUUUGAGGAUUGUAAUUAAAAAACAUUCCAUGCACACAUUGCGUAAACGAAAAUAUUGGCA